CAGAGCCUCCUCAGCAUCCACUAAAACACCCAGGGACCACAGGCUGUAAGAUUAGAGUGAAGCAUGAGGUCAUAUGUUGCCUCCCUGGCCCUGUUGUUCAUUCUGGGGUUCGCCACUGCAGUAUGGACCCUCAACCCAGACGACCCCAAUGUCUGCAGCCACUGGGAGAGCUAUGCUGUGACGGUCCAGGAGUCCUACGCUCACCCGUUCGACCAGAUCUACUACACCAGAUGCACUGACAUUCUCAACUGGUUUAAAUGCACAAGGCACAGGAUCAGCUAUAAGACGGCUUACCGGCGGGGAGUGAGGACCAUGUAUAGGCGGCGCUCACAGUGUUGUCCUGGUUACUUUGAGAGUGGAGACUUGUGUGUUCCUCUGUGCACAGAGGAGUGUGCCCACGGCCGCUGUGUGUCUCCUGAUACAUGCCAGUGUGAGCCUGGCUGGGGAGGACUGGACUGCUCCAGUGGCUGCGAAAGCGACUUCUGGGGACCUCAUUGCAGUAAUCGAUGCCAAUGCCAAAAUGGGGCUAAGUGUAACCCCAUCACAGGUGCCUGUGUCUGCACUGAUGGCUACCAGGGUUGGCGUUGUGAAGAGCCCUGUGAGCAUGGUUACUAUGGCAAAGCGUGCCAACUACCCUGCCAGUGCCUCAAUGGUGCCACCUGCCACCAUGAGACAGGAGAGUGCAUCUGUGCACCGGGGUACACAGGGGCUUUCUGUGGCGAGCGGUGCCCCUCUGGUAGUCAUGGGCCCCAGUGUGAGCAGCGCUGCCCCUGUCAGAAUGGAGGAACAUGCCACCACAUCACUGGAGAGUGCUCCUGUCCUGCGGGAUGGACGGGCUCGGUCUGUGCCCAACCAUGCCCAUUUGGCAAGUAUGGCGUCAACUGCAGCAAAGACUGUUCCUGUCGCAACGGCGGCCUCUGCGAUCAUAUCACUGGACAGUGCCAGUGUGCUGCUGGCUUCAGUGGACGGAGGUGCCAGGACGAAUGCCCUGUGGGCACCUAUGGCCCCCAGUGCAACCAGAGGUGUGACUGUCAGAAUGGAGCCAAAUGCUAUCAUAUCAAUGGAGCCUGUCUGUGUGACACAGGGUUCAAAGGACCUAAUUGCCAGGAGAGGUUCUGUCCCCCAGGCCUUUACGGCCUCAUCUGUGACAAGUACUGCCCCUGUAAUACCACCAACACUGUAAGCUGCCACCCUCUUUCUGGUGAAUGCACUUGUUCUGCAGGAUGGUCAGGGCUUUACUGCAAUGAGAGUUGUCCGCCUGGCUACUACGGAGAGGGCUGCAUGCUUCCUUGUAGCUGUGCCAAUGGAGCUGACUGCCAUGGUGUCACAGGUUCCUGUAUAUGUGCCCCUGGGUUCAUGGGUGAAGACUGUGCUACAGUGUGUCCUGCUGGCCUGUAUGGACCAAGCUGCAUGUCCACCUGCUCCUGCCACAAUCACGCCUCCUGCUCCCCCGUCGACGGCUCCUGCAUCUGCAGGGAAGGCUGGCAGGGUGUGGACUGCUCCAUCCUCUGCUCCAGUGGCACUUGGGGCCUCGGCUGUAACCAGACAUGCCUGUGCGCCAAUGGAGCCGCAUGUGACCCAGUAGACGGCACAUGUACUUGUUCCCCUGGGUGGAGGGGAGAGCACUGUGACCAACCCUGCCCUGAUGGCACUUACGGGUUGGAGUGUCGUGAGCGCUGUGACUGUAGCCAUGCAAAUGGCUGUGACGCAGUGAGUGGCUACUGCCGGUGCCAGGCAGGCUGGACAGGAAUCCACUGUGACAACGUGUGCCCACAAGGUUUCUGGGGACCCAACUGUUCAGUCAGCUGCUCCUGUCAGAACGGAGGAUCCUGCUCCCCAGAGGACGGCACGUGUGUGUGUGCACCUGGAUACAGAGGGACCUCCUGCAAAAGAAUCUGCUCUCCUGGGUUCUACGGGCACCGCUGCAGCCAGUCAUGCCCACAGUGUGUGCACAGCACCGGGCCGUGCCACCACGUCACGGGCCACUGUGAGUGUCUGUCCGGCUUCACCGGCUCCCUGUGCAACCAAGUGUGUCCAAGUGGCAGGUAUGGGAAGGGUUGCACUGAGAUCUGCCUCUGUACUAACAAUGGCACCUGCAACCCCAUUGAUGGCUCUUGCCAAUGCUUCCCAGGUUGGAUAGGAGAGGACUGCUCUCAGGCCUGUCCCUCUGGGCACUGGGGCCCUGAUUGCCUCAACUCGUGUAACUGUCACAACGGAGCCCAGUGCAGUGCCUACGAUGGCGAGUGCAGGUGCAGCCCCGGCUGGACCGGUCUCUACUGCACACAGCGCUGUCCUUCGGGGUUUUAUGGCAGGGAUUGUUCUGAGGUGUGCCGCUGUCAGAAUGGAGCCGACUGUGACCACAUCUCCGGCCAGUGCAGUUGCCGAACAGGCUUCAUUGGGACCAGCUGUGAGCAGAAGUGCCCUGCUGGUACAUUUGGUUACGGGUGCCAGCUACUGUGUGAGUGCAUGAACAACGCUACCUGCGACUAUGUGACUGGAACAUGUUACUGCAGCCCUGGGUACAAAGGCAUCCGCUGCGAUCAAGCAGCUCUGAUGAUGGAGGAGCUGAACCCCUACACCAAGAUCAGCCCAGCACGAGGCACUGAGCGCCAGUCUGCAGGAGCUGUCAUGGGCAUCAUCUUCCUCCUCCUCAUCGUCAUGGCUAUGCUUAGUCUGUUUGUGUGGUACAGACAGAGGCAGAGGGACAAAGGUCACGAUAUGCAGCCCAGUGUGUCCUACACACAGGCAAUGCACAUCACCAACACUGACUAUUCCCUCUCUGAGUGUGGCAGUACUGUGGCAAUGAGGCCCAGUACCAUUGAAGUCUCUCAGAGCCAAAGCAGCAGCAGCAGUGCCCAGUGCUUCUCCAACCCCAGUUAUCACACUGUGGCCCAGUGUAAUGUUGCCUCAGCUAUCUCCAACAACCUGGAUGGCACUCUGACCCUCAAAUCGAGCACCCUGAAGAGCAGGAAUGGCUCAGAAUGGAGAGCCUACUGCAAUCUCAAUGACCUAGAUGUUCAACAAGGGGAGACACAGACACAGAGAAGCUCCAGAAAAGAUUAUAUCAAGAGCUCCAUGUGCAGCAACAGCUCCUGCUCCCUGAAUAGUGAGAACCCAUAUGCCACCAUUCGAGACCCACCGGGGUUAGCCUGCAAGCACACAGAGAGCAGCUAUGUGGAGAUGAAGUCCCCCUCCCACCGUGAAGUGCCCUUUGGUGGCACUGCCACCCUCUUGGGCAGUGCAACCAGGAAUGUCUACGAUGUUGAGCCAACAGUGAGUGUCCUACAGGGACCCAAUGGAAUGGCCACCGGCUUCUCCCAGAGCCCCUAUGACCUUCCCCGCAGCAGCCACAUCCCCAGCCACUAUGACAUACUGCCGAUGCGUCACAGCCCCACACACACACCCCCGCCACCCCCAGAGAGCCCCAGCUCCCUGCUGUAG